AUGUCCCACACCAGCAACAAAAUGUCCUUCGCAACACCGCUCUCACCCGCCUACAGCCGCUCCUACUCCUCCGCCAUCAAAAGCUAUCAACCCUUCAGCAGCUCCUCCUCCAAGUCCUCCAAGAAAAGCACCACCACCACCUCCUCCUCAUCGAAACGCUCCAAAUGGUCCCGCAAACACAAAAAGGAAGACAUGUCAGACUAUGGCCGUCUUUCUGGAGGUGCAUGUGCAUACGAUGAGAAAUCUCUAAGCUCCUCCAGCCGGAAUUCCAACGAUCCUUCAUCAUCAGCGACGUCGACAAGGACCACGAGCACGACUGAGUCCGCUUCGCGGGAAGCUUCCAGCAGCGCAACGGGGAAGUCGAAUAAAUCCUCGAGAAGCUGGUUUAAACGCGUCUUCGUGGGUCCCUCGGAUGCGGAGCUAGAUGAGGAUCCCGAGGCGAUGAGGAGGGAGAGGAAUGCCAUGUGGAGGAAUAUGAGUAUGGGUUAUGAGAAUCAAGACCUCCCCGUCGCUUUACCUAUGUUCAUCUGGUAUCUAGAUCCACCUAAUCUAAUCAUUGCCACCCAGUGCCUGUUCUGA